UUAGAGUUAUUGGCCUUUAAGUUUAACAAAAAUGGCUUCUUACAACGCUAAAUUGGUAUUUGUUUUGCUCGCUGUAGUUAUUGUCUGUAAAGCUGAAGAUUCCGUAUCAAGUCAAGAGGAGCCUGUAGCCGAAAAGAAAGAGGUGGAUCUGGACUAUGCCAAGGGGUCUGUGUGCGGAUACUGUACAUACUGUAAGUUCUGCAAGCUUUGUGAUGAGGAUUGCCCAUGUGAAACCAGUGCCAGCAAGCCUAACUGUAAAAUGUGCAAGUACUGCAAAUACUGUUACUUGUGUUCAGCUGUCUGUGAUACAGUAUGUAAACCAGGUGGAGUAAUUGACAAAGUAUCAUCAGCCAUCAUAAAUGCCUUGCCUGUCGCUGAUAAGGAUGGAAUCGACGAGGACAUCAACUCGGUCAAAGGGUGGAUCAACAGGGAUGAGCUAUGAUCAAAAUAAUCAUUUAGAUUCUUAUGUUUUAUUUUUUAAUUUUUUUUAUAACAUUUGUUAGGUUUAUAUUGUUUGUGUUAACUAAAUGUUCCACUUUAAAGAUCUUUUGUAUUUACUUGGCAUAAAUUGUAUUUCUUCUAAUCCCACCGAUAAAUAUUUUAAUCCAUCAUUAUAAUCCAUGAUAUACAUACUGUUUUGAAAUGACAAAGUUUUGCUGUGAUUUGUAUUAACAAUGAUAGAUUAGUGCAUAUGAAUGUACAUCUCAUACAGAUAUAAGAGUGCCUGAUUAUUAAAUACUGAUUGACGGUUUUGUACUUCUGGUAAAAUCUUCAGGUUAUUGAUCCCAUGGAUGAAGAUUUGAAUAGAGAGUGUUUUGAUAUUACUGAGAAUAUCUUUGUUACUUGAAUCCGCUAUUAGAAGUGAAGUAGAUCUGUUUACAAAUGUAUGCAUCUAGAUUAAAUAAUAAAUAUUUAACAGUUCAGAUAUCAAAAUUCUUAGUACUUGACACCCAUGUCAAGUGAAAUUUUCACGUCUGGCAAGUAAUUAGGUUAAUAGCAUAUGCCCAAUGACAAGUGACUGAUGUAGCAGCCAGAAAUAAUUUUUAUUAUUAAAAUCCAUUGAAUCCUUGAACACCAAAACCGAUAGUAACUUGAGUUAGAGUUAUUCCUCUUUUAUUUCUAUAAACGGAGAUUGGUCAUUUCCGCCACUGAACUAGAAUAAUGCUGCGUUCCAGUGAAUUGGGUUAUUGUUUUUACGAUCUUCCAACUUAAAAAUAGUGUCCAAUACACAUUACAGUUUGAAUAAAAACUAACCUAAACUUGCCUUGUGUGUGCAAGCAAAAAGGUUGAUACAAUGUAAAAUCGUUAUAAUAAAAUUUAAUUUGUCAUUAAUGCAGUUCCGGAAUCUGCUCUUUGCAGAUGAACACCCAAAUGUACUAACACGUUUCCAUUUUGUGGGUUAAUUCGAACAAAGCAUAAUCAUUAAUGUGAAUUUAAGGUGCUACCUAUAGACGAGCUUUGUAGACUGUUACCCAUUCAUUAUUUAUUCCUCGCUUACUGCAUAUUAAAUUCCUAUCAUUAAGGUUGUAAAGUUAGUUCUUUACUGAUGUGUUUACCAAAAUAAUAACAGCCACAACAAAAAGAAGGGGUAAUAAAAGAAGAAGUGCAGUAUGAUAUGAUUAUUCAGAACUUCUGCCACUCAGAAGGUAUAAGUGUGUCGUGAGGUUGGGCAUACCCCAGUUUCAUGUGCAGAGGGCGAUUCGGGGUCGAACAACACUUUGCUCAAACCAGUUUUUAAUUUUUUUUUUUAUAUAUUGGUUUCUUAGGAGCAUGAAUCAAACCUCCUAGAAAACUUGGCGGGUCACAGUCUAGAUCCUUUGUGACUCAUAAAGGUCUUUUCCCCUUUUCUGACACUGCUACCUAUUACCAAAGUGGAUUACCAAAGUGAAUCUUUUUGGUUUACAUGAUACAAUCAAAGUUAAUCAAAAGAACUGUCCAGUGAUUUACACCUCGUUAGGUUAGUUUGCAUGAGAUAUGAGUGAUUUUGUUAAUUUAUGUCAUAGAUGUGUUGUCUUGAUUUUGAAAAUUACAUUUGUAUAUAAAUUCACUGUGUUGCAUUAGUUUCAUUAUAUAUACAUUCCAAAUAUUUAAAUAUUUUACUGUAGUUAAUUAUUAUUAUGAUUAUUUUAGUAUUAAUGUUACAACCAUUGUAUUCACCUUUUCUUGUAUCAUUCUUUGCAUAAAUAAAUAUAGAAAAUAUU